GGGCAAAGAUCACACACACACACACACACACACACACACACACACACACUAUCUUCCCACACAGUUUAAAAUGCGCCAUCUCUUCACAUGUAUAGGAUCUGUCAGUCACUCCAGCAGGUAUUCCUGAGCAGCUGUUGAUUCAUCAGGAAUCUCUUGGACACCUCCAGGGACCUGGUGCAGGCCAUGGCGACCACUGACACAAGCAGCAAUCUGCACCAUCGCAACACCUCAACAUCCCAGAGAGACCACCACACAGAAAACGGAGUUUCAACACCUGGUGUGAAACCUGAUGAGGUCCAGCUGGAGGAUUUAAGACUCUGGAGGAAGCAUGUUGAGCAAGUGAAGGCAGGCGUUCUCGAGGAGGUUCAGGAUCAAAUCAGUGGCCUGCUGGACAGGGCCAUCAAAGAGUCUGUGGACUCCUUCUCUAAGCACACCAACUCGUCUCUGGACAGGAAAGAGCCGAAGAAUGCUUCCCGAUUACACAAGCCAGGGGAUGGAAAAGUGUUCAUCGCCAGACAAUCCUUACUAGAUGAGCUCUUUGAGAUCAGUCACAUCAGGACCAUCUACCACAUGUUCAUUGCUGCCCUGUUCCUUUUCAUAAUCAGCACUAUAGCUGUGGACUACAUCGACCAGGGCAGAAUGGUCCCUGAGUUCGACCUCUUCUUCUAUGCCUUCGGGCAGCUGUCGCUGGUGGCGUGGUCCUGGCUCCUCAUGUUCAGCUACACGCUGCUGGGGCCCUACGUCGCGCUGAGCGUGUGGGGAGAGCUGUACCACAGCAGUGGCUGGAGGGUGACGGUGUCCGUGGCGGCGGGCCUGCUGCUGGGAGCGGCGGAGACCGCACUGCUGGGAGUGUUCCCCAUCUACGUGAUCCUGCACUACCAGCUCCCUCCAGCCUCGCGAUUCAUCCUCGCCGUCGAGCAGAUCAGAUUCUUUAUGAAAAGCUACUCUUUCAUCCGCGAGACCGUUCCCGCUGUCAUCCUGGACGAGCCCAAGGAAGGAUGUCCUCCAAAAACACCCACACUGUCCAGCUACCUUUACUUCCUAUUUGCUCCCACUCUGAUAUUCCGGGAGUCUUACCCCAGAAACCCCUACAUUAGGUGGAACUACAUUGGAUUAAAUUUGUUAAAGAUAAUGAGCAGUAUAUUCUAUUUGAACUUCAUCCUUGUCCGGCUGUGCAUUCCUGUGUUUACAAAUGAGGACAACAGACCCUUCACCACAAGGACACUGGUGCUCACCAUGUUUCAUGCAUCAUUUCCAGGUAUACUGAUGUUUCUCCUCGGCUUCUAUGCCUUCCUCCACUGCUGGCUCAACACCUUCGCAGAGCUGAUGCGAUUCGCUGACAGAAUGUUCUAUCAGGACUGGUGGAAUUCAACUUCAUUUGCUAACUUCUAUCGCACCUGGAACAUCGUGGUGCAUGACUGGUUGUACUACUAUGGCUACAGAGACUUCCUCAUGCUGUCCAAGAGAAAGUUCCGGUCUGCAGGCAUGUUGGGAGUGUUUGUCGUCUCUGGCCUGGUGCAUGAGUAUGCCCUGACGAUGUUAUUCGGUUUCUUCUACCCAGUCAUGCUCUGCACAUUCGCAGGGUUUGGAAUGAUGUUCAAUUUUGCCAUCAAUGACAAACGCAAGAGUCACUUCUGGAACAUCGUUAUGUGGACGUGUCUAAUGUUAGGCCAAGGGGUUCACGUGUGUUUGUACAGUCAGGAGUGGUAUGCCCUCAUCCACUGUCCCCGUACUGGGACUAGCUUCUGGGAACUAGUGACACCAAGAUCCUGGUUUUGUGACUACUAGUAAAUCCAAGUGAGGAUCCUCUGAUGAAGAAAAAAGCUUCAACCAAAGAGGGUUAUCAAUCAAUCCAUAACCAAGGAUCCUUGCUUCAAUGAGCCAAACACAUUCUUUUUUUCACCUGCCUUAACUGUAUAUAUUUAAACACAAUGUCUUAUUUGGAUCUUUGAGUAAAGGAUCAUUCUUUAAUACUUCAUGUGUCCGGUUGUUAAGUCUGACCUCACGGGUCCAACAGCUUUUUCUUCAAAAACAUUUACUAGAGCAACCAGACAGUUUUUGCAACUUGUAAACCUUUGUAAAUAUCACCUCCGUUUUAGUCAAAGUAAAACAAAAUCACUUAACUUUAACAGAGAAAUUACUGUAGCUGUGCUGCCAGAUGAUGCAAUCAAUGGGUAGGUGAUACAACAAGUGAGUACUAGGAUGACAAUUUUCUUCAAGGCUUACUUUUUUCUGAAUAGCAGGGGGAAAAAAAGUUUAUUUUACUGUAAAUGAAGAAAAACAAGUGGCUCUGAAAGCCGUUGGACCCGGAAAUAUAUUUAUCCCAUUAUUGCAUCAUCACUUAAUAACCGAAUUAUUACAUUGUACAUAGUCUGUGUGGAGAUGUUUAUUAUUAUGUUUGUAUUCUUCAUGUGCACACAUUUGAUCA